CCUGCUUUUGCUGUGUUUUUGAACCUAGCCUUGUUCCGCUCUGUUCAGUUACCUCUCUCUUUUAAAUACAGGGAGACUGCAUUGCUCAUUGACCCCAAAAAUUCCUGUUCUUCAUCUCGCCAGUGGGUGGCUCUGGUUGUGGGACACGAACUUGCUCAUCAGUGGUUUGGAAACCUCGUGACCAUGGAAUGGUGGACCCAUCUUUGGCUGAACGAAGGGUUCGCCUCCUGGAUUGAGUACCUGUGUGUCGAUCACUGCUUUCCAGAGUAUGACAUCUGGACUCAGUUUGUUUCUGCUGAUUACACACGAGCUCAGGAGCUCGAUGCCUUAGACAACAGUCACCCAAUUGAAGUUAGUGUUGGCCAUCCAUCCGAAGUAGAUGAAAUAUUUGAUGCUAUUUCUUACAGCAAGGGAGCAUCUGUAAUCCGAAUGCUGCACGACUACAUUGGUGAUGAGGACUUUCGGAAAGGAAUGAAUUUAUAUUUAACAAAGUUCCUGCAGAAGAAUGCAGCCACAGAGGACCUCUGGGAAAGCCUGGAAAAAGCUAGUGGUAAACCUAUUGCUGCUGUGAUGAACACAUGGACCAAACAAAUGGGAUUUCCACUCAUUUACGUGGAAGCUGAACAGCAAGAAGAUGACAAAGUGUUGAAGUUAGUCCAGAAGAAGUUCUGUGCCAGUGGACCAUAUGCUGGGGAGGAUUUCCCUAUGUGGAUGGUCCCCAUCAGUAUUUGUACCAGCGAUGACCCCACCAGUGCCAAAAUGCAAGUGCUGAUGGACAAGCCAGAGCUGACCUUGGUUUUGAAAGAUGUCAAACCAGACCAGUGGGUGAAGUUGAACCUUGGGACAGUAGGCUUCUACCGCACGCAGUACAGCCCUGACAUGCUGGAGAGUUUAAUCCCAGCCAUCAAAGACCUCUCCCUACCCCCCGUGGACAGGCUCGGCCUGCAGAACGAUCUUUUCUCUCUGGCCCGAGCUGGAAUCAUUAGCACUGUAGAGGUUCUAAAAGUCAUGGAAGCAUUUGUGAAUGAGCCCAAUUAUACUGUGUGGAGCGACCUCAGCUGUAACCUGGAGAUUCUCUCAACUCUCUUGUCCCACACAGACUUCUAUGAGGAAAUCCAGGUGUUUGUGAAAGAUGUCUUUUCACCAAUAGGGGAGAGACUGGGAUGGGACCCCAAACCUGGAGAGGGUCACCUAGAUGCCCUUCUGAGAGGUCUGGUGCUGGGCAAACUAGGCAAGGCUGGGCACAAGGCUACCUUGGAAGAAGCCCGACGCCGGUUUAAAGACCACGUGGAAGGAAAAAACAUCCUGUCAGCUGAUCUGAGGAGUCCUGUUUAUGUCACUAUUUUGAAGCAUGGAGACAGUGCUACUUUAGACACCAUGCUCAAGCUUCACAAGCAAGCAGACAUGCAGGAGGAGAAGAACCGAAUUGAGCGCGUCCUCGGGGCCAUCGCCCAGCCAGAACUGAUUCAAAAAGUUCUCACCUUUGCACUUUCAGAAGAGGUACGUCCCCAGGACACGGUGUCUGUCAUUGGAGGAGUGGCAGGAGGCAGCAAGCAGGGGAGGAAAGCUGCUUGGAAGUUCGUAAGAGACAACUGGGAGGAGCUUUAUAAUCGAUACCAGGGUGGAUUCUUGAUAUCCAGACUAAUAAAGCUAACAGUGGAUGGGUUUGCAAACGAUAAAAUGGCAGCAGAAGUCAAGGUAAGAAAUGUGACUUACGGAGGUAAUUAAUUUAAUUUGUGAUUAAUCCGAGCUGUGAGCUCCUCGUGGGAGAGCCACGGGUUUGGGGAUCGUGCCUCUGAGUUGUGGGAUUGCUGUGUAGUUCCUCAGUUGUGCUGCUUUGAGUUAUUCGAUUGAAACAUCAUAAAUCAGCAAUUCAUUACACGGCUCUUAAUGAUCCCCACUUCGUUAGCUUUGCUUAUUACUCCUCACAUGGUAGAAAUGAGCUCGAUUCCACGCUGUAGGUCCAGGUUUGUGCCUUCAGUUGUGCCGUGCAAUGAGAGCAAGGCUUUGCCAUGGGACAGGUGAGUGUCUGCAGGGCUCUGCUGGGAGCUGCUGGCUCAGGUAUCCCCAUGGUCUGUGAGCACGAGCCCUGGGGAGCCUGCAGGCUUUCCUUGCUCCCUGCCUGCAGUUUUAUGGGGGCUCCUUGGCAGAAGAAACAUAAAAAUGUGGCCCUCGGUUAUCACUUUCCCAUCAACCAGAUGCUCAAAAGGAACUCACGUUUUGAAGAUCCACUGAGCCACGUGUUUGCAUCACUUAGCAAUCUCUCCCCCUGAGGUUCAGUAGCAGCAGUGAUGUUGCAGAGAAAUCUCGUGCUGUCACCGGUUCUUAAAGACGUUUUGCCCAACGAACAACAGAACCAUAAAACUCAUUUCCGGCUCCCUGCUGGAACACGUGGUGUCCCCGUGCCUCACGUUAGUGUGUGUGUGUUGGGGUGAGGGUGAGGAUGGUUCCCUGCAGGGGCAGCUCAGCCAACCCAGAGCCGUGUGCUCACAGCACCGUGUUCAGCUGGAGCUGCAGGCAGGUGAUCCAGGCUGGAUGUGGCUCUGGGGAGCCUGGUCUGCUGGUUGGUGACCCUGCAGGUAGCAGGGGUAUUGAAACUACCUGAUCAUCGUCGUCCUUUUCAACCCAGGCCGUUCUGCGAUAGAGGGGUUGAACAUGAGAACCUCCAGCGAUGCCCCAGCAGCUGCAGUGCCCAGAAACACGAUACGUAGAGCAGUGCUUUGCCAAAAUGGCCCCGAGUGUCACUUAGUGCCUUUUUCCAAGCACCCAGAGAUACACGCUGGGUUUGCUGCUCGUGUUUGCCGUCCCGCAGAGGGGCUGAGGCCGUCCCUUGCCCUGUCAGCGGCCACGAGGAUGGGACAGAGAUGGAAACACAGCCGUUCUGCCGCCCCCACGGCCAGCGCAGAAACCCCAUUUCUUCC